ACGUAGGCUCGCGGCUUGCUGCUGCAGCGCUGCUGUGUUGCAAAUAUUCCAGCUAAAUGCAUUUUUUACCGAAUAAUAGUUGAAUUUAAUGGCUGAAAAGGAUCGCUCAAGAUCUGAGUACGAUUACCAAGAGGCGCUGGCCUGCCUGGAGUGUAUCCAGCAGCUGGUCGGGGACGGUUCAGACGUGGCCCGCCUCGACCCAUUGCUGAUGACGUCAUUCUAUGAGCGGCUGACCACCAACCUGGCCCGGCUGAGGGCCGCCGAACAGCAUCCUCCGUUCAGGGAGAGCCUGCAGGCGCUGUUGGACGAGUGUCAGCACCAGCAGGCCAAGAUCCUGCGCAUCUGCAGGAGGCCGCCGCCCGCCAAGGCCGCCAGCGCCGCCAGAAAAGAGGCCAGCCUUCCGGAGACAGCGAGCCGCACCCCACCCGUCCCGUCGGCAGUCGACGCGGCGGUGCGGGACGGCGGCGGCGACCGGCGGCCGCUGACGGCGCCCCACCGCUCCCGGCUCCGCUUCUCCGACGUGGCCGGUCUGGAAGAGGCCAAGGCGUCGCUGGCAGAGGCGGUCAUCAUGCCCGUCCAGUUCCCGCAUCUAUUCACAGGUGGCCGCCGGCCGUGGACCCGGGUGUUGCUCUACGGGCCGCCCGGCACCGGCAAGUCGCGCCUGGCGGCGGCCGUGGCCGGCGAGGCGGGCGCCGAGCUGUUCCCCGUGUCCGCCGCCGACCUGCUCUCGUCCUAUGUCGGCGAGACUGAAAAGGCCAUGUCGGACCUGUUUGCCCGCGCCGCCUCUCGCCAGCCGGCAGGCCGGGCCGUUCUGUUCGUCGACGAACUGGACGGCCUGUGUCGCGUCCGCUCGGGCCGCGAGGAGGAGCACACCCGCCGGCUGAAGACGCACCUGCUGCAGCUGAUGGACGGCCUGCUGUCCGGCGGAGGCGGCGGAGGCGCGGCGGCCACCACCUUCCUGUUGGCGGCCACCAACUGCCCCUGGGACCUGGACCCGGCCUUCCUGCGCCGCUUCCAGAGGCGCGUCUACGUGCCGCUGCCCGACAGGGCGGCGCAGCGGCGUCUGAUCGAGCUGCACCUGGGCGGCACGGCCACCAGUCUCUCGGAGCUCGACUGGCAGCAGCUGCUGGCCGGCACCGACGGCCUCUCCGGCUCCGACCUGGCAGAGCUCACCCAGCACGCGCUCUACCAGCCGCUGCGCGAGCUCGAGACGGCCACCAGCUGGCGACGACUCGGAGACGGCCAGUUUAUGGUGUGCGAGCCGAGUCACCCGGACGCGUUCACCUGCUCUGUGUCCGACAUACCCUUCCACGCGGUGGUGGCGCGCGACUUGCAGCUCUCGGAUUUCCUGGGUGCCCUGCGCACCACGGGCCCCUCGGUCAGCCAGGAGAUGCUCCGGAGGUACGAGGAGUUCAGCAAGGGCCGCGGCAGUGCCACCUCACUGGGAUAGGGCGGCGACUUCGACCGACUGCAUCCCCAGCACGGACACAGGACGGCUUGGUGAGUUAACCCCAAGCCAUGGUGGACGGCAGAGGCUUGCUCGCCUCACAGGGAACACUGCAGAUGCCUGGUCUUUGUGAGAGGCGUGUUCAUCUGUCGUCGACUGGAUGGUGCUCAUUCGGCGAGUCCUCUCCGGGUCGGUCGGGCGGCCGGCCUCUCAGAUGAACCCUGCAGACUAGACAAUGGAACUGUCCGCGUAUCGGCCGACGCGAUGUGUUUGUUGGCAUUUGAGAUGGUGGUCGCGCGCCGUAAUAUACUGCCGCCGGGCAGUUUUUCACUGGGAACGGCUCGGGGCGGAUGCGGA